CCACGCCGUGCUGCCGCAGCCGCCUCAUCAGUAAUCCAGCCGGGCGGCGCUCUGCUGGCGACGCACCAUCCUCACGGCCACCGCCAAAACCUACCAACUCUCAACACCAACCGCCCAUCGCCACAUCGCCAUAUCGCCCUGGCCGCCGUCGCACCCGCUCUCUCUCCCUGUCGCAUCCUCUCUCCUUGUCGCUUCCGCCCGCCGCCGCUACUGUCGCCGCCUCCACCCUCGCCAUCCUGGCCCCGCGCCCAUGUGAACCGCCUUCUCCCCGAUCAUGUUGGUACAACCACAGAGCUACGCCCCAGACAUCACCCUCGCCAGGAGCCGAAUUCGCCGCCGCCAGCCUUAAUGACGCUGGCGCAUGACCCUGCGGCCCUCCAUACCUCGCAUCUGUCCAUAUCCUCCUCCUCCUCGGUGGCCCCUUAGGCGCCGCCACCUGCAACAUCGCCCACCAUGCCCGGGCUCCCAGCGUCCGUCGACUUGGACGAGUGCAUCUCGCGCCUCUACAAGAAAGAGCUCCUCGCCGAGUCCGUCAUCGAGGCCAUCUGCGCCAAGACCAAGGAGCUGCUCAUGCGCGAGAGCAACGUCGUCCACGUCCGCGCACCCAUCACCGUAGUGGGGGACAUCCACGGCCAGUUCUUCGACCUCAUUGAGAUUUUCCGAAUCGGCGGCUACUGCCCAGACACCAACUACCUCUUCCUCGGCGACUAUGUCGACCGCGGCAUGUUCAGCGUUGAGACCAUCUCGCUGCUGGUGUGUCUGAAGCUACGAUAUCCCAACCGCGUGCAUUUAAUCCGCGGCAACCAUGAGUCGCGUGGUGUUACCCAGUCGUAUGGCUUCUACACCGAGUGCUCACGCAAAUACGGCAACGCCAACGUGUGGCACUACUUUACCGACAUGUUCGACUUCCUGACCUUGAGUGUCGUAAUUAAUGACCAGAUAUUUUGCGUCCACGGAGGUCUAUCCCCCUCGAUCCACUCCAUCGACCAGAUUAAGAUCAUAGACCGCUUCCGCGAGAUUCCCCACGAAGGCCCGAUGGCCGACCUAGUCUGGUCCGAUCCCGACCCCGACCGUGACGAGUUCUCGCUUUCGCCUCGAGGCGCGGGGUACACCUUUGGCGCCCAGGUGGUUAAGAAGUUCCUCGCCGUCAACAACAUGUCACAUAUCCUCCGCGCCCAUCAACUUUGCCAAGAGGGCUUCCAAGUCCUAUACGACGACCGGCUCAGCACUGUCUGGAGCGCACCCAACUACUGCUACCGCUGCGGCAACAUGGCCAGCGUCCUCGAGGUCAGCGACACCGGCGAGCGCUUCUUUAACGUAUUCGCCGCCGCGCCCGAGAACGAUAUUCAUAAAGAUUUACAACCUGGGGGUGAGAAGUCUGCGGACGGUAACGCCCUCCCCGACUACUUCCUCUAAACCCUCCUGGGAAUACCCACCCGGCAGCUCUCCCCUUCACACCAACCUGGAGCUUGGUUCGGGCUUGAUGAUAUUUUUUCCAAAACUACAUGAUACCAUGUUUUUGAGCAGCCAUAUGAUGGAC